CAAUUCAAUACGCUGUACUCUUUUACUACACUUAGAGAUUCAAAAUGGCAGCGUUUAUGAAAGUAUUAAUGACGAUGUGUUUCGUAUGUGCUCUUACAUAUGGAGAUGAAGGUGAGUGGACAGAAUUCAUAAAGGACACACAUGACCACCCCGAUCACAGAGACGGCAUCAUCUCAACUCCAACAGAAUUCGCCAGUUUGAGAAAACUCUUUUUAAAUGAGGGCAUACAGAUUGGUGUCAUCAACGCCGCCAUUACAAAUAUGGAUGACAACAGAGAUGGUCAGAUUGAUGGAGAAGAAUAUGCAGAGAUGAGACUGGAAUUGCUCCCUAUCUCUAAAAUUGCAUGAACAGAAACAACACAUAAAGAAGACAAUGGAAAUCUAGUACAUUUCAAUAGAUAAAAGCAUGGAAUUAU